AUGAUCACUCCUCCCACGAGCGACGAAGAGAAUGCCCCUCAAGUAGGCCCUCGAGAAGGUUUACAUGUGCCAGCAGUCUCCCCCAGCGAAUGGUCCGACUGGGAGGAUGACCCCGCUUCGGCAGACGACUAUCAGCAAAUUCGUCCGUCAUCGCUCUGGGUCAUGCCUACCGAGGGUGUGUACCUAGGAGAGGGAUGGUCGAAGUGGGUCAAGCUGACGGACGACGAUGGUAACUUCGUGUCCUACUGGAGUGCAACCGGAGAAAGCUUUUUCAAGGAUAAGUCUGGCCGUAGCAAAUCCUACGCCAUAGGCCCGCGGGCCAUUCGGUUGAUGAUGCCGCAACCUGUUCCCCCACGCGAGAGCUUCGACGCCAUCCGCUUCGGCAACUGGGACUGCCACGAAGAGGAUGGGAGGAUCGUCAUCACCAGGCAACCUGGGAUCAUUCGUGCACCAGAUAAUACCGAACGCACGCCUUCGGUAUUGCAGAUCACCAGGGCACGAUCAGGAAUGGAACGUCCGAGGCAGGCACCCGUAGGACCGCGACCUAGAUGCUUCUCGAAGAAAGUCACCGAUCCUUCGAUCUCGUCCAGCAAGGUAGAGGUACCUGUAGAACCGCGACCUAAAUGCUUUUCGGACCGCAGCCUAGAUGCUUUUCGCAUUAGUAUGGGUGCUCACCGAGUUUACUGGCAUACAGAAGAAAGUCACCAGUUCCUCGAUCUCGUCCAGCAAGGUCCCAUCAUGCAGCACGUUGGCAGGAUCGCGGCAGUAGUCCAACGCAGAGAAACGGCUCCUCCUUCGGUUAUUCGCGUGGCCCACCCUGCGACACAAGUAAUACGUGAUGAUACGGUCUGA